GCAUGGGGGGCGCGGGGCCGCGGCGGGGGCCCACGGGCCUGUGGGUGACGCUGGCCCUGGCCUGGGGCGCGGGGGCCGCGCUGGCCGCGGAGGGGCCGCCGGCGGGAGCGGCCGCGCCCGCGGAGCGGUGCGGGGCGGAGGGGUGGGCGCAGGACGCCGUCCCGCCGGGCGCGGCCUUCGUCGCAGCCGCGUCCUACCGCGGGCCCGGCAACAACGACACGCGGAGCAACAAGGCGCUGCCCAUCCUGCUCUGGUGGAGCGGGAGCCUCUUCCCGCACUUCCCCGGCGACACGGAGCGCAUCGACUGCCCGCGCGGCUCCUGCCUGGUCACCCGCAGCAGGCGGGUCGCCCGGCACCGCCGCACCAAGGCGCUCAUCUUCUACGGCACCGACUUCAGGGCCUACGAGGCGCCGCUGCCCCGCCUGCCCCACCAGACCUGGGCGCUGUUCCACGAGGAGUCCCCCAUGAACAACUACCUGCUCUCGCACCCGCCCGGCAUCCGGCUCUUCAACUACACGGCCACCUUUCGCCGCGAGUCCGACUACCCGCUGACGCUGCAGUGGCUGCCCGGCGCGGGGUACCUGCGGGGCCCGGCCGUGCCGCUGGCCGAGAAGGACGCGUGGCGGCGGAGGGGCUACGCGCCCGUGCUGUACAUGCAGUCCCACUGCGAUGUGCCCUCGGACAGGGACCGCUACGUGCGGGAGCUCAUGAAGUACAUCCAGGUUGACUCCUAUGGGAAAUGCCUGCAUAACCGUGAGCUUCCCAGUGAACGACUGAGAGACACUUCUACAGCCACGACAGAAGAUUCUGAGUUUAUGAGUUUUAUCGCCAGGUACAAGUUUCAUCUGGCCUUGGAGAAUGCCAUAUGUGAUGACUACAUGACAGAGAAGCUGUGGCGUCCCAUGCACCUGGGGGCUGUCCCAGUGUACCGAGGCUCCCCAGCUGUGCGGGACUGGAUGCCAAACAACCUCUCCAUCAUUCUUAUAGAUGACUUUGACAGCCCCCAAGAGCUGGCAAAGUAUCUUGAUUUCCUGGACAAGAAUGGAGAGGAAUAUUUGAAGUAUCUAGAAUAUAAAAACGUUGGUGGAAUCAAAAACCAGUUCUUGCUAGAGAGCUUGGAGAGGCGGGAGUGGGGUGUGAAUGACAUGACUCUGCCCAAUUACCUGAAUGGCUUCGAGUGUUUCAUCUGUGACAGGGAGAACAUCCGGGUCAAAGAGGAGCAGGAACACAAAAAGUCCCAUGGGAAAAUUCCAGCUCCCAGACCUCACAUAGCUCAGUUCAAGCACAUGGGAUGUCCUGUGCCAACCCCUGGGUUUGGAAGUGUUGAAGACCUCGCUGAAGGAGACAGCUGGAAAGAAAUGUGGCUGCAGGAUUAUUGGCAAAGCCUUGAUCAGGGUGAGGCCCUCACAGCUAUGAUUCAUCGCAAUGAGUCACAUCAGGGAAGAUUUUGGGACUACAUGCAUGAGAUUUUUCUCAAGAGGACAAGGCAACACUGACCCAUCUUUGUAAGAGCUUGAUUUGAAAAUUGGAUUGGAGGUUGAGACUGAAUUCUUACCUUGCUUCAAAAGUUUGCCUUGAAAUACAAAAAAACCUCUCUCACAGAGACAAUUUUUUCUCGUGCAAGAAGUGAGUGAGUUUCUGUUAUGAUUGGAUUCCAGCAGUGGAGAUGUUAGCAACUGCUUUGAUUUGAAUUUCAGCUCUGUGGUGUGAAGCUACUCCUGACUUGCAGGUGUCAACAUGUGGGGCAAAAGA